AUUACAUAAUUUUUUAAGCUGAGAAAGUCGAUACGCGCAAAUAUGCUCGUACAACAUAUUUUUAACCCUAACAUCAAUAUUCAUGCAUUUUACAUACGCACAUACAUAUGUACAUAAUUUAUAGCAGAAAUGAGAACUCUAGUAUACUCUUCCAAUGACAGAUUUUGAACGAGUUAUUAAUAUAAAUCGAUUCAUGUUAAGAACCGUUGGUCUAUGGCCGCCAGACAACCGAAGCAGCCGUGAAGUUAUGAAAUCGAAAAUUCGAUUACUGCAUACUUUUAGCAUGGUAUUUUUCGUACUGACAAUACCUGCUUUAAUAUCACUGAUAAGAGUAUGGGGUGACAUAAUUUUAAUGAUAGAAAAUAUGCAAUACAGUUUACCGCUUUUGGGUGCGAUAUCCAAAAUUUGCAUUCUUUCCCAGAAACAAGCAGAUUUACUACCCUUAAUUGAAAUGAUCGAAAACGACUGGGUGAAACCGAAGAUGAAGGAGGAGCAAGACGUUAUGCUGAGACGUGCAAGAAUUAUACGCGUGAUCACUAUAUGCGGAUUUUUCACGGGAAUUUUAACGAUUAUUAUUACAUUUGGUUUCCCAUGCUUUGGUCUAAUGCUCAGGCAAGUGACGAACCUGACCGACUCCGGAAAACCAUUGCUGAUACCAUCGUAUUAUUUCCACGAUGUUUCCAAGAGUCCGCAAUUCGAGUUGACAUUAUUGGCACAAGGAAUCUCUAUGAUCGCAUGUGGCUGUUCUCAUAUUGGGGUCGACCAUUUACUCGGACUACUGGUUUUGCACGUAUGUGGUCAGCUGGAAAAUUUACAUUUGAGACUGUCACGCCUGGAAAAGUAUUCGGACUUCAACGCAGCUCUGGAGUACAACGUUCAAGAUCAUGUCCGCUUAAUCAGAUCUAUCGAAAUCAUCGAUCAUACGUUUAACUUAUUACUUCUUAUUCUGGUGCUCUACUUUGGCAUAUUAUUCUGUGUUCAAGCAUUUCUCAUAGUUCAAUCUGAGAAAAUACAUCAGGCCACGUACGAAUAUUCAUGGUACAACAAGCAUCCAAAAGUAGUAAAAGGUUUAAUGCUAAUCAUGCUUCGUGCCAAUAAACCACUUCAUAUCACAGCCGGAAAAACAUUUCCCAUGACGAUGUCAACGUUUUGCAACUUGUUGAAAACCUCGGCAGGAUAUGUAUCGGUGCUACUUACCACUCAAGGUUGAUGGCCAUAUUAUAAAUUUCCAGCUCAGAUUGUUCUUAACAAUACAACAUGUAGCUAGUAAUUGAAUUAGUUAUAUACAAUAUUAAUAACAUGAUGAGCGAUAUAUAAAGUAUUUUACAAGCUAUUUUCCCAUAAACUAUCAGAGGUGGCGAGAGAAUGUUACACGUUUUUAAUAAGAAGAGAGAGAGAGAAAGAGAGUUACUCAAAAGUAAAAAAUUACUAUUUUACAUUUACUAAAUUAAUAAACUACUAAAUUACUAUGUAUACUAUAUAUAUAUUACAAA